AUGGGCGACGCUGCCAUCGCCCACCUCUCGCAAACGCCCUGGUGCGCCGCCCUGAUCGAUUCCCCCGAGUGGACGCCUACCCGCACCGCAUCCCGUGUACCGAAGCCUACGACCGAGGACUCGUUUUUUGCGGAGACGCUGGGCACGAGCAGGACUAUACGGUCAUGCUUGACCCUGAGGCCGGUGAAGGAGGAGGAAGACGGGGAUAUGGUGUUCAAGGAGGUUCGGACGAUUAUGGAGCUAGGCGAUGGGCUGAAUGGAUACCCGAGGAUGGCGCAUGGCGGGUUUGUGGCUACGAUGUUGGAUGAGGUUAUGGGGGUGCUGCUUACACUGAAUAUCGAGGCCAAGAACCAACGGAGACUAGAAGUGGGACGGAUGGGGCCGGACGAGGGGAUGAACUGCUUUACUGCUUAUCUCAAUACUAGCUACAAGAAGCCGGUUCCCACGCCGGGUGUUGUGCUUUGCACAGCCAAGUUCGAUCGAAGAGAGAGGAACAAGAUCUACAUCCGCACGACAAUUGAAGACGGCCAGGGCACUGUGUACACAGUGGGAGAGGGGAUGUUUAUUGAGGUAAAGACGAAGAUAUGA